UGCUAGAUGCGCGCGCACGCCCACGCCCACACUAGAGCCAACCAGCACGAACAGCGGGCUCUGCUCCUGCUCGUGCUCGUGAGCUGUGUCAUUCCAUCGUUCCUUCGGAACAGGGCGCCCGUGAUCUCCUUAAAUUCCCCCCGCUCCCCGAUUAAACCUGACACACCCCCUUGUAGCCUUGCACCCAGCUAGCUGCCGGUGAGGUGAGUGACCACCGCGACAGCCAACAGCACCCAUCGGCUGCUGCCAUUGGCGUACGUGCGUGCAGCGCAUUGUCGCGGCAAUGGCGGUGUCGGCGUCGUCGUCGGGGGUGCGGGCGCGGGCGAGGUUGCUGGCGUGCGUGGCCGUGGCGGCGCUGCUGCUGCUCGCGCCGGGCGACGUGGACGCCGGCCGGCAUGGGCACGGGCGGGGGCGGGGGCGCGGGAGCGGGAGCGUGGCACACAGGCAUACCAAGGGCCUGCGGCCGGGGAAGGCGAGGCCGUACCCGGCGAACGCGACGGCGGCGGAGGCGAUCGAGCGGAGGUUCACGCGGUGGGUGCGGUUCAUGGGCGGGCUUGACCACAGCGUGUUCCAGCGCGCGCUCAACCGCGCGCUGCUCCCGUCGACGCGCACGAUCGUCGUGGACAGGACGCCCGGGGCGGGAGACUUCACCACCAUCCAGGCCGCCGUGGACUCGCUCCCGCUCAUCAACCUGAUGCGCGUCGUCAUCAAGGUCAAUGCCGGCACCUACACGGAGAAGGUGAGCAUCUCGCCGCUGCGCGGGUUCGUGACGGUGGAGGGCGCGGGCGCGGACCGGACGGUGGUGCAGUGGGGCGACACGGCGGACACGGCCGGGCCCUGGGGCCGCCCCUUCGGCACCUUCGCCUCCGCCACCUUCGCCGUCAACUCGCAGUUCUUCGUCGCCAAGAACAUCACCUUCAAGAACACGGCGCCGGUGCCUCGGCCGGGCGCGCUGGGGAAGCAGGGGGUGGCGCUGCGGAUAUCGGCGGACAACGCGGCGUUCGUGGGGUGCAACUUCCUGGGCGCGCAGGACACGCUGUAUGACCACCUGGGCCGCCACUACUACAAGGACUGCUACAUCGAGGGCUCCGUCGACUUCAUCUUCGGCAACGCCCUCUCCCUCUACGAGGGUUGCCACGUGCACGCGAUCUCGCCGCACUACGGGGCGCUGACGGCGCAGAACCGGCGGAGCAUGCUGGACGACACGGGGUUCUCCUUCCUCAACUGCCGGGUGACGGGGUCGGGGGCGCUCUACCUGGGCCGCGCCUGGGGCACCUUCUCCCGCGUCGUCUUCGCCUACACCUACAUGGACAACAUCAUCAUCCCCCGCGGCUGGUACAACUGGGGCGACCCAACGCGAGAGAUGACGGUGUUCUACGGGCAGUACAAGUGCUCGGGGCCGGGGGCCAACCACGCCGGCAGGGUGGACUGGUCCCGGGAGCUCACCGACGAGGAGGCCAAGCCAUUCAUCUCCCUCAGCUUCAUCGACGGCCUCGAGUGGCUCAGGUUGUAGCAGCGGCCGGAUCCAGGCAGGGGCAACCGCAAGUUAAUGAGUAAUGACUAGCAGCAGAGUAACUUGGUUUGGCUGCAGCAUUUGCAGCUGAAUCCAUUACGAGCACGCAUGGCCAUCUCCGGCCUCCGGCUCCUUUUUUUUGGCUUUUAGAAGUGGGAUGUGAAUCACACCACAUCGGUUCGUUUUAACAGUUGUUGUGAGCUCUGACGAACACAGCAAACAGUGGCAUGCACCUUGUGUUCUC